CCGCCAACUUCUGUUAGAUUAUGUUCACAAUGUAUGCACCACGUUUAACAACAGUCUUCUAAACACUUCACGUACAAAUUCGUUAUUUAUUCUUGGUGUACUGCAAGUCUGUCGAUAGAUUGAACAAGAUCUAGUAUUUCUUGUUUUCGAGGACUAAAAUUUAGUGUUCUAUACUGUUGUUAUCUUGACCACUACAAUUCAUGUUCAGUAAACACAGGUCAAAGUAGGAAGUGGUGAGUGACAGGACAUUGCCAGUGAUCAAUUUGUUAGGACGAUAGGACGCAUAUGAAUGCCAAUUAUUUGGACGAAAUUACGCAUGUGUUUUUUUAAGUCAAGCUAUUAGGAUGAUAUAGCCCAAGUGGUGGCUAAUAGCAAGUUACUAGGAUGAUAUAGCCCAAGUGGUGGCUAAUAGCAAGUUACUAGGAUGAUAUAACUCACGUGUUCACUAAAGUCUAUUAGAUGAUGCGGAUCAUAAACAUUCUCAGUAUAAUGAGUAUUUAGUAACAGAGCCUACUUAAAAUAAUCAGCAGAAUCUUGUGCAAUAACAAAAUAUGAAGUCGUUCAAACGAGUAAGGUCCAGCGUAUCAACCAUUGAGUGGCCAUCUGGUUACGAUGAACAAAAAUCCUUUCUAGUCCCAGCUGCAGAUACUGUUGUUCAACUCAAGACCUACACCCCAAGUGGGUACAUUCCCUGUGAUUGGUACACUCAGUCCUCCAGACCAACCAGCAGAGAAGAGGAAGACAAGAAGAUGGCUUACUGUUGCCUUCGCUCGUUUCUGACUUUGCUUCAUUUGGUCAUGGCAGGAGCUGCUGGAUUUCUUUGCAUCUAUUCUAUCAUUGGCUGGGAUUCUGUGUAUCAGUGUUUGCCUCAGCUUUUUAAUAAGGACCAAAGUAGAAUUAUUUUUAAUAAUAGUCUACCAACUGUUUGUGACUUUGUUGUGUUUGGUUUGAGUGGCAUUUCUCUGAUCAACUUACUGAUGUGUGUAACUGUUAAUAUACGCUGGAUUCACACUUGUAUCAUUUAUUGCAAUCUACUGCUGAUGUUGAUAUUUGGUACAGUCCUAACAUUUGGUAGCAGUAUGUUCACAGUUCAUUACAUGUUGUGGUGUGAUUCAAUGCAACAAGUGUACAAUCAAAGCUGUUCAUAUUCAGCCAAUUAUCUCCCUUCUACUACUGGUAUAAGCCUAAUGACUUACAAAGACAGGCUUGAGAUACAACAGAUAAUAAUGUGGGCUCUGUGUCCAGUCUCAUUCAUUCUUGUAUUGGCCUACGUGCUAGCCUUGCGCCUGUCUGCCACUUCUGAUUCUACAACAGGCCCCAAUAGAGAGCAGACAGGCUCCUACCGAUAUGUACUCAUGCAUGAAGAGACAGCACCACUGCUUACUCCAAGCUAUCAUGCCUCCAACGGUAGCAACGCAAUCAGGCCAAGCAGUGGAUUUGUGAGCGAUUACUGGUCAAGUCAAGCACCUCCUUCUUAUCCAGCUGCAGCAUCAAGUACUCCCUCAAAUACAGCUGUGACUUCAAGUGCUAGUAGGGCUUACACACCUAUUGUAGCCCCAUCAGAAGAUACAUUAUCAGUAUCUACACAUCCCAGAACAGGAACAGGAAGCAGUAACUUAUAUCCUGUUGCCUAACUUCAUUUCUAUACUUUAACUAAUUGUGUACAUAAAAAGAAAUAGGAAAAGAGAUGCAGUAUUUGUUAACAAAAAAAACUUCAUUGGUGCAAACGUGCCUAAAAAAAUCAUAUUUUUAUUUUUUGUUUCAGUUUAAAAUUUGAUCUAGCUAAAAUAAUUAAUCACUUAAAAUUCAUAUUAUUUAAUUCUGUAGAUUUAUUGUGAAUUGAAAUGCAGAGGGAUAUAUAAAAUUUUGUACCAGACAGAUAAAGCUAAAGACUAGAACAGUGACAUUUGUCAAGACUAUGUUUUAAUUAAUACUCAGUAUGAAGUAGAAAUGAAUUAUCUUUUGUUCAAAUUCCAAGUGUCAAGAGUUUACCUAUCAUCUCUUAGAGUUAAAUGAACAAUAUUUUCAUGACUUAAAACAGCCACAAAACAACAGUGAUUUGUUAAAGAAAAGAAAAAUUGACAGAAGAUUAAGUAAAAUAAUAUUUUAAUGAUAUACUGCUUGAAAAAAAAGAAAAUUAAAUGUUUUAAAUUUUGCAGAGACUAUAGAGUUAAAAAAAAAAAUAUUUCCACAAGAAGUUGUGAUUUUCCCUGUUUUUGUAUUACAUUUUAUUUUUCAUUGUUGUUAAUGAGACAAUCUAUAUCUUGAUUCUGUUAGGUACAUUUGUCUGUGUGAAUCAUGGGUUUCAGCCUUUAUAGAUAUUAAAAACUAUGAUCACACAUUUUUUUGAGCCAGGAUAUGCAUUUGGCUUUGAUGAAAUACUGAUCCAAGUCUGUUGUAUAUUCUCAUUUUUAAAAACCUGUAACACUACUGUGUUUAAAGAAGAUUUAUUUCUUGUUUUUUUUUCUAUAAAGUGGGAAAAGGUCACAUGGAUAUUGAGGUGGCCGGUGUGGCAUGAACAAGUAUCCACCCCUCUACAUUUAUAUUGCAACUAAUUUUAUUUGGAAAGAUGCAGUUUGAAAAAAAAUUGGUAAUGUGACAUGAGUUUCAGAAGUCCUGAUUUAUCAAAAUAGGAACAAAUCUAAAAAUGUAUCAUACUAUAACAGUGUGGAUAUACACCAUUUAAAUUUAAUUUGCUCUGUUUAUGCUUUUAAUUAUUGCUUUUUUUCUCUUCCUAGAUUAUUUGUGAGUAAAUGAAACUAAUAUUUUGAUAUGAUUAAAUUGAUCAUUGUAAAAAUCAGACACAUUUACCCCUAAUUCAUUCACAUACAUAUCUUAUAGUAUAUAUAGUAACGUCUAGGCCUACUUCCUAUUCUAUGCCAGUGUAGUUCAAAUUUCAUACUUUGAGAAUCAAGGGUAGUCUAAGUAUAAUCAAGAUUGCAAAAAUGUUACAAAUUUUGAAAAACCCACUAUGAUAUGAUAAUGCAUUAUUAUUAUUAUUAUUUUAAUGAUAAGCUCUUCAUAUCACCGUAUUUACAUAAAAUACCAUGCAUUGAAAUAGCUGAAAUUUUAUUUUGCAAAGCUUUUUCUUUUCUAGCAGUACACUCUAUAAUCAACUAUGUUUAUGACAUUAAUAAUAAAAAUGAUACAGGCUAAGUAAAAUAUAUGCAAUCAUAAGAAUCCAGAGCAAGAGAAAAAAAAAAAAAAGAUUGCAGUAACAAAUUAGACAUGACAAUUUUCAUUUAAAUAAAUCAUUUUAAAUCUGAGCUUCUGUAGCUUUAACAUUGAUGUAAAUAUUUCUUUUAUUAUAUUGUUUAAUUAUGUUAAUUUUAAAAUGUCUGAAAAGUUUAUUAUUACAUAAAUUUUUUUUUAGUAUUUUAAAUGUAAUGUAGAAAAUAAAAAACUAUUAUCAACGUUGUGAGCUGGAUAAGCAGAAAAAGAGAAACCACUCAGAAAAUUAGAAACCACUCAGAAAAGUAGAAACCAGUAAUGUCAGGUUUUUAUUAUUUCAGUGAAAAUUUCAUUGAAACUUGAAAUAAAUAGUUCAAAAUUUAAAUCACUUAAUUUAAAAGAUUUUUCAUGUCAGAGAAUUUCAUUUCUCUUAUAAUUCAAUGUACUGUAGAGUGGAGAAACAACCAAGCCAAAUAGACUGUUGUUUGUUUUGGAUUAUUGACAUUGUGAUUGACUAAAUAUACUUGACUAAAUAUGUAUCAUGUUGUAUUUGACUUUGAUGUAAAUAUUUUGCAAACUAUUCCUUUCAUUGUUUCAAGUAUUAAAUGUUAAUAGUAUUUCGCAUCA